AUGGACUCAGUUGCUAGACUUGCCUGUCUUACCAUGACUGCCCCAAACUCGACUGCCGGAGACCUGGCCCUGGCCCCCCUUGUCACGUGCAAACUCUGCCUGUGUGAACAGUCUCUGGACAAGAUGACCACACUCCAGGAUUGCCGGUGCAUGUUCUGUACAGCUUGCCUGAAACAGUACAUGCAGCUGGCAAUUCGAGAAGGAUGUGGUUCUCCAAUCACGUGUCCUGAUAUGGUGUGCCUAAACCAGGGGACCCUGCAGGAAGCCGAGAUUUCCUGCCUGAUGCCUGUGGACCAGUUUCAGCUCUAUCAGCGGUUAAAAUUUGAACGAGAAGUUCAUCUGGACCCUUGCCGAACCUGGUGCCCUGUGGCAGACUGUCAGACCGUGUGCCCUGUUGCCCCAAGUGACCCUGGGCAGCCGGUGCUGGUGGAAUGCCCUUCAUGCCACCUGAAAUUCUGCUCCUGUUGCAAGGAGGCCUGGCAUGCGGAUGUCUCCUGUAGAGAUAGCCAGCCCUUCGCCCUGCCCACGGAGCACGGGGCACUUUUUGGGACAGAUGUCGAAGCCCCCAUUAAGCAGUGCCCAGUGUGCCGGGUUUACAUCGAGCGCAAUGAAGGGUGUGCCCAGAUGAUGUGCAAGAACUGCAAGCACACCUUCUGCUGGUACUGUCUCCAGAACCUGGAUAAUGACAUUUUCCUUCGACAUUAUGACAAAGGGCCAUGUAGGAAUAAGCUGGGCCACUCCAGGGCGUCGGUGAUGUGGAACCGAGCACAGGUGGUGGGGAUUCUGGUAGGAUUGGGCAUCAUUGCCCUGGUGACUUCGCCCUUGCUGCUCCUGGCUUCCCCGUGUAUCAUUUGCUGCGUCUGCAAGUCCUGUCGAAGCAAGAAGAAAAAUCACGACCCACCCACCACCUAAAACAUCCACGUUCCCGUCCACGCGCCACGCAUGUCUGGGUUGUCAUGUGAGACUACACCGCCACGAAGCUCCCCCUUGGCGAACUUGUUUCCUUCCUCCCGGCCAAACUUUGCAAGUGCCUGUGUCCAGACUUUGAACUUGCCUGCCCAC